AUGGGCGGAGCCUCCUCUCCUCGCAUCCCGUCUCGUCGCUCCGCCCCUUAUUUCACUUCUCUCGCUUUUUUCGGCAGCUCGUAUAUUAAAGUGAAAAACAAUAGAAAUAAGAUGUUGAAUCCGACGGAUGCCGCUUCUGUCGCCCUCUCAUUUUCAGUCCCAUUCCAAAUGAGCGGAGAAAACCCUUUAUCAAAGCUCGUUGAGCAUUGCAAUAAAUUCGUGCCGGGAGCAGAUAUCAAAAUGAAGGCAGAGCCAGCAAAACCAGAAUCACUACUUUUGCCAACUGAUAUGAAUGCGUACUCUCCAUAUUUAGCAACUCCUAAUUGGUGGGUUGACCAAACAGGAUGGCCACAACUGUACCCUACAGUAACCACAGCUUCAUCUGUAGAUGUUUAUCAAAACUACUUGGCUUCUAGUCAACUUGGUGGCCUUUUAAGUUCGUCAGUUUCUGCAGUGGCUUCUCAACUGCCAGCCGGUAUUAAUGCACAAUCAGCUCUCAACAUAACGAGUCAACAGAGAACUAUUGCAAAGAGUUUCCAACACACAAAACCAAUGGCUUCAUCUUCAUCAAUUCCAUCAGUACUAACAGCUUCCAAUUCCAGUGCAAAUAGUCUUGUAAGCAGUGGUUCUGAAAGUGUUAGUGCUCGUGGAACUUCUGGUAGUGGAGGUACUGGUAAGUAUCCUUCAUCACGAACCGCCAACAAGUGCGAGUGCCCAAAUUGCCACGAAAUUGAGAAAUUCGGACCCAAUGCAAUUGCAGCACGUAAGCGAGGAGUUCAUAAUUGUCAUAUUGCUGGAUGUGGAAAAGUUUAUAAUAAGAGCAGUCACUUGAAAGCACAUUUAAGAUGGCAUUCUGGUGAACGUCAAAUGGUAAGGAAGCCCGUAUAAUCAGGAGAUUGUAUCCGAAGAUUGUCAAGGAAUUGAAGAAGAAACGCUCCGGUGACAGCUCAUGACUACAUCGUCCAUGUUUCCGUAUCUCUUCACAUAUCUCAUUCAAAAUAAAUUAACUUUCUUUAUUUGAUAUUUCUAUUUUAUUUCCUCUUGAUCUUCUCUCUUCUGUCUCUGGUCUAUUGUGAAUAUAUUUUUCCAUCCUGUCUGAAAUAAACAAUUGUGGUCUAAAAUA